AUGCAAACAACGCGUAAACAAUAUUCGACACUUUCGGCAUUUCCCGUCAAGGCCAUCAAGUCCGUAAACAUCGGAUUCAAUGUUCUCUCCCAACAUAUUGUCUACCAGCACCUCGUAGCCAUGGCCAGCAGCGCUGCAUGCCCAAUCGAUGACACGCCCAUCACCAACGAAAAGAACACCACCGACAAUCCGUUGGAUCCAACGACGUUCAGGUUCCCUGAGCCGUUGGCUUGCCCAACUAUAACCAUUGAGUUUUGCGAUAGAGCUACCCCGCGCUACAUGGGUUCAGACGGAGCUCUUCCUAACGUUCCCUCCUCCCAAGAUAGGGUGCAUUAG